CAUCACACAGAGAGAAAUCAGAAGGAAAACUUGUACAGACGGACCGGAGAGAAGACACACACACACACACACAGGCACGAAGGCCAAAGCAGACAUGGGCAGAACCCACAUGUUCUCUCCAUGUGAACCCACAUGUGUUCUCCACAGAACCCAGAGCAUCACCCUGUUGCUUGUGCUCCUGCUCGGUGAGAGGACACUCCACUGCCAGGGUGGUUCUCCAGAUGGAGAUCCAGUCAACAUCACAGAGACAACAACAACAACAACCCCCCCACCAGCACCUCACACACACCUGUCACAACAACGACCCCCACAUCCACACCAGAAUCUGUCUCUUCCACCAGCACCUCACACACACACACACCUUUCACAACAACGACCCCCACAUCCACACCAGAGUCUGUCUCUUCCACCAGCACCUCACACACACACACACACCUUUCACAACAACGACCCCCACAUCCACACCAGAGUCUGUCUCUUCCACCAGCACCUCACACACACACACACCUGUCACAACAACGACCCCCACAUCCACACCAGAAUCUGUCUCUUCCACCAGCACCUCACACACACACACACCUUUCACAACAACAACCCCCACAUCCACACCAGAGUCUGUCUCUUCCACCAGCACCUCACACACACACACACCUUCUGUCUCUUCCACCAGCACCUCACACACACACACACCUUUCACAACAACAACCCCACAUCCACACCAGAGUCUGUCUCUUCCACCAGCACCUCACACACACACACACCUUUCACAACAACAACCCCCACAUCCACACCAGAGUCUGUCUCCUCCACCAGCACCUCACACACACACACACCUUUCACAACAACAACCCCCACAUCCACACCAGAGUCUGUCUCUUCCACCAGCACCUCACACACACACACACCUGUCACAACAACAACCCCCACAUCCACACCAGAGUCUGUCUCUUCCACCAGCACCUCACACACACACACACCUUUCACAACAACGACCCCCACAUCCACACCAGAAUCUGUCUCUUCCACCAGCACCUCACACACACACACACCUGUCACAACAACAACCCCCACAUCCACACCAGAAUCUGUCUCUUCCACCAGCACCUCACACACACACACACCUUUCACAACAACAACCCCCACAUCCACACCAGAAUCUGUCUCUUCCACCAGCACCUCACACACACACACACCUGUCACAACAACAACCCCCACAUCCACACCAGAAUCUGUCUCUAUAACCAGCACCUCACACACACACACACCUGUCACACUCUCUCACACUCUCUACACGUCUGUGAGUCCCUCCAUAGCACCAGUCACUUGCAAUGGAACAUCCUGCUGUCUAGGUGACCUGCUGUUUGUAAAUGUUAAUAUGUCUUGGCUGGAGGCCCUGCAGUACUGUGAGCAGAGGGGCUCCAGGCUGGUCCACAUCCUGGACGAUGCCACCCAGACCCGGGUCACCCAGCUGCUGAGCUCCCUGCUGGCUGAUCUCCUCCCCGUGCCCACGGCCUGGGUGGGGCUGGAGCGCUGCAUGAUCAACCCCAGUGCACCAUGGGAGUGGGUUGAGACUGGGGUGGUCGAGUACAAACGUUGGCAUGACGACCACCCACGGGACUGCUGCAACUACCACUGUGGCCAGGUGGUGCAGAUGCCCACAGGGGACUACAGGUGGUGGGAUGCCUGCUGCAUGGAGGAACGCCCCUUCAUCUGUCAGGACAUGCACUGAACUGGAGUGAUGACCACCUUGAGCCACCAGGGGGCAUAAUGCUGAGCUACCACCUGCUGUUCAAAUAUUCUGUUCAGUUCAAUUCCAUUUACACACACACACACACACACACACACACACACACACACACACACACACACACACACACUACUGCAUCGUCAGAUGGAUCCUGGGGACUUCACACUGUAACUCAUUUCUUGCCUUAUCUUGCCAUCUUGUUGUUAGGCAAUACACAAUAAUAAAAAAUAUGGUACUUUUUAACUAAUCCUUAUAGAUAGUGCCCAUAACGAUGUUAGAUGUUGUGCUCUUGACUUUGUUAUGCUGUAGACUUUCAACUUUAACAUACAACUGAAGUGGACAUGCAAUGAGGCAUACAUUUCUGUGUAAUCGUAACUGUAGAAUAGCGUAAUAGAACAAUUAAGUAGUCAAUUAAUAAUAAGCAAUAAGAAUACUCUACUUUUACUUUUCAGUGAUCUUUAUAGAUUAAUAAUUAACAAUAAGAAUACUGUAGUUUUACUUUUUAAUAAUCUUUACAGAUUAAUAAUUAACUGUAACAAUGCUGUACCUUUACUCUCUUUGCUAAACUGUGUAUGUUUU